AAACCUUCGUUAUAACAUUCUUUUUCUGUUUAGCUUACCUUGUUUUUGUUUGGAUUAAAAAAACACCAAAAAAAACUCAAAUCAGAUGUAGAUGCAAACACAGUAAAGAAAUCCAUCAGAAAAUUAAACAAAUUCAUACCCAUCCAGAAAAUUAAAAAAGUAAAACUCAUUCAUCCACACCUUAUGAAUUCCAGUCCUGAUUUAAGCAAAGAAAAGAAGGCUUUUAUUCCAAAACGACAUGAAAACCCAUCUCUCUUUUACCAACAAAACAAAACCCCAAAAUUUUGACAGCAAAUUAAUCAAACUUUCCUGAGAAACUCUCCCCAUCUUGGACGUCGACGGUCGACCCAUCGACCCAUCAGUUUUUACUUGUCAAACCCAAGACGAGCCAUUCAUUCUCGCACCUUUCACUUCUGCUUCUGUGUAAGGGACGAGAGAAAGAGAGAAGAAGAAUGAAUAAGGGGGGAGGUGCAGCGUCAGGUGGCGGAUUGGGCGGUGGGGGAAGUGGGCCCACUGCGGCUGCGGCGGCAGCAGCAGCUCAGAAGCAGAAGGCAUUGCUGCAGAGAGUGGAGACGGACAUCGCCAACAUCGUCGACAAUUUCAGCUCCCUCGUCAACGUCUCCAGGGUGAACGAUCCUCCUGUUAGAAACUCUCAAGAAGCUUUCAUGAUGGAGAUGCGUGCAGCUAGAAUGGUUCAGGCAGCUGAUUCUCUGCUCAAGUUGGUGUCAGAACUCAAGCAGACGGCAAUCUUUUCGGGAUUUGCCUCCCUUAAUGACCAUGUAGAGCAAAGAAUAGUGGAGUUCAACCAGCAGGCUGAGAAGACCGACCAGAUGUUGGCUAGAAUCGGAGAGGAGGCGGCUGCUAGCCUCAAGGAGCUUGAAUCCCAUUACUAUUCAUCUGCACUGAGGACUAGUGAAAACUUGCAGCCAUGAGCUUGACAGUAAUUUAAACUAGACAUUAGUUUGGUGAUUGUUUCUUGAAUCAUGUAUACACAGGCAGAAACAAUGUACUUGUACGAUGCAAACAGAUUUUCAUUCAUCAAAUAUUUUUUAUUCACCCUGA